AUGCGCUUCUUCGCCCAACUCGCUGCCUUUGCGGCUACCGCGGUCACACUGGCCAGCGCCAACUCUGUCACCUUCGUCAACCAGGACGCCACCAAGCGAACCAUCUACUUCACGGGCACCGCACCCGUUGACAAAGUCGAAAUCGCCGGCAAUGCCCAAAUGAAGGUCUCAAUGCCCAUUAGCUGGAUCGGAAACGCCUACUCGGUCAGUGAAGGCGCCGAGAACGUUCCGGGCAUGUUGGCCGAGUUUACUUUCCAGGGCUGGAACGACCUUACCUGGUUUGACGUAUCAGCCAUUGUCAAACCCGCUGACAUCAACGGCGUCAAAGAAAUUUACCCAGCUACUGAAGUCGAGGCCACCCUCAAGAGCAAGUAUUCCGGCUGCAGCGUCUUCCCUUGCCCUACUGUCUACUACCACCCGAACGACGUUCAAACUGUGUCAACCCCGGAGACGGAUCUGAUCUGCACCCUGGGUAACUCCAACGUCCUCGUGUCCCGAGAUGUCGGCGAGGGGCUAGUCUCCCGCAACUAUGUUCUGGGCAAGCUCUAA